AUGUAUUUCGACUUUCGCAACCACCAAUCUAACGCCCAGAAUGACGACAACGAUUCUUUUACCGAUUGGUAUAAGGAUUCUAGCAAGAUCAUUAAGGUGUCGUAUCCUCUCUACCGAUAUUUCGUACUUAAGGGCGAAGUAUGCUUUGGAGCUAUGGGAGAAAACCAGAGAAAGAAGCAUAAGACGAUGCUUCGCAACCACUACAACUUGUUGCCUAGCUCAAAGGAGAACAACAGUAGCGAAACUGCUUCCCGGUCAUCUGAGGAGUUGAUGGAGGAAAAUAAAUGGGUUCAACAAGAGUUGAGUGACCGUGCACAAUUUUUGGAGAAAUUAGCAAUGCAAAUCAAGUACAAAGAUUACUUGAUGAUGGCAGUUGAGAGAGAUGUCCGUAAGAUCACUCCUACGGAAUACGCUCUAGCCGAGCUUGUGGCAACUGAGAGAUUGGACUCGGUGCAUCUUGAAGAGAUUCUUACCUAUUGGGUUAAAGUCCACAACUUCCUUAGAAAGUUUUGGCCACUGAAGUUAUUUCACGAGAAAUCUUUUCAUUUUGUGUCGGACAUUACUGCUUUGGAAAUGUUCUUUCCUCGUUUGUUUCCCGGGAGCCAGUACGCAACCAAUGAUAUUGAAGAAGCGGAAGAGGUUUUCUCGUUCAUCUUGAAAAGUGGAUACUUCAAACUUCGUGAAACACUCCCCGAGCAGAAGAUAUUAAAGGCUCUGAAAACUUCCCAGCACGUUUCGAGUUCUCUCUGA